GGCCCGGCAGGUGCGGGACGGGACCGGGACCGGAACCGGGAUCGGGACAGAACCGGGACAGGGAAAGGAACCGGGAUCAGGGAUCAGGAUCAGGACCGGGAUCGGGACAUGGAUCGUGACACGGACCGGGACGUGGACCAGGACCAGGACCGGAACCUGGAUCUGGACCGGAACCGGAACCGGGAGCAGGACCCGCCGUGCCCCGGCCCGGAGCGGCCCCGGUCCCGGCCCGGCCCCACGCGCUGGGGCAUCUGCUCGGCCGGGGCCAUCAGCCACGACUUCGUGCUGGCGCUGCAGACCCUGCCCCGCGAGGAGCACACGGUGGCGGCGGUGGCCGCGCGGGAUCUGGGGCGCGCCCGAUGCUUCGCGCAGCAUUUUGGGGUGCCCCGGGCGUACGGAUCCUACGAGGAGCUGGCCCAGGACCCCGGCAUCGACGUGGUGUACGUGGGGGUGGUGAACCCCGCUCACCUGCCCACGGGGCUGCUGUUCCUGCGCCGGGGCUGCCCGGUGCUGAUGGAGAAGCCGAUGGCGCUCGGGGCGCGCGAGGUGGCGCAGCUGGUGGGGACGGCGAGGGACAAGGGCGUGUUCCUCAUGGAGGGUUUCUGGACCCGUUUUUUCCCCGCCUGGCGCCGCCUGCGCUCCCUGGCCCGGGGGGGCUCCCUGGGGUCGCCCCUGGUGCUGCGGGGGGAGCUCGGCUUCAACCUGGGGGGGGUCCCGAGGCUGCGCGAGCCCCAGCUCGGGGGGGGGGGCCUGCUGGACCUGGGGUGCUACGGCAUCCAGAUGGCCCUGGGGCUGCUGGGGGGGCCAGAGGGGCAGCCCCCUCCCCAAAUUACCGCCCACGGCACCCUGCACCCCACCGGCGUGGAUGAGUCGGUGUCGGUGUCGCUCUCGUUCCCCGGGGGUCACCUCGCCUCGCUCGUUUUCUCCAUGGUCGCGGAGCUGCCGGGGGGGGCGGCGCUGGGGGGGCCGCAAGGCUGGGCCGAGCUCCCGACCCACAUGAACUGCCCCACGGAGCUGCAGUGGGGGGGGCGCCGCGAGCGUUUCCCGCUGCCCCCCCCGGCCGAGCCCCUCAACUUCCCCCACAGCACCGGGCUGCGCUACGAGGCCCAGCACGUGCGGGAGUGCCUGCUGAAGGGGCUGACCGAGAGCCCCGAGAUGCCGCUGGCCGAGAGCGAGGUCAUCGCGCAGCUGCUGGACCAGGCCCGGACACAGGUCGGGGUCACGGUGGACGGAGUGACCACGGAGUGACCACUGAGCACGAGUGACCGCUGGAGUGACCGCGGGAGUAACCAAUGACCCCGAAUGACCACUGGAGUGAUUGCUGACCCUCUGGACUGACUGCCAGAGUGACCACUGACACAAAGUGACCGCUGGAGUGACCAUGGGACUGGAUUGCUGACCCUGAAUGACCACUGCACUCUGGACUGACUGCUGACCCUCUGGAGUGACCACUGACCCUCCAGAUUGACCGUUGACUGCUGGAGUGACCACGGGAGUGACCGCUGACCCCGAGUGACCGACUGCUGACCCUCUGGAGUGACCAGGGCAGCUCUGGUGUCGCCCGCCCGUGGCUCAAUAAAAGCUCUGAAACCUCCCCAAAAUGUGCCCCAGUCCAUCCCAGUGAGGCCCAGAGUGUCCCAGUCCCUCAAGAGUCCAUCCCAGUCCCUCCCAGUCCAUCCCAGUAAGAGCAGGACGCUUCCAGUUUGUCCCAGUUCACCCCAGUCCAUCCCAGUAAGAGCAGGUCGCUUCCAGU